AGAAGCAAUCUGAUCUCGAUUUCGUGGUCUGUGAGUCCCUUGAUCGACCAUCAAGAUGGGCUGGGUAUACAAUGCCUCCCCGGAGGUUGAGUCCAUGUCGAAGUAUCCAGCCAUCAUUGCUGUAUGCAUUAUCCUAACAUUACUGAUGGCAUUGACGGUCUCGACUCGUAUCGCUGUACGAUGGCAGCAGCACCGAACAGGCCCUGAUGAUUAUAUUAUGGCCGUUGCAAUGUUAUUCAGUAUAGUAUACAGCACACUUUGCAUUGUCCAGACGAGAUACGGCCUAGGUUUACCUCUCAGCGUUCGUCCCCGGCAAAAUCUGAGCACUUACACAAAGGUGAACUUCGCUGGUCGUCCAUUUUACCAAUUCGGCAUCGGACUUUUCAAGCUAGCACUUUGUGUGAGUUAUUUGCGGUUGCUAUCCGGUACAUCGAAAAAAUUUUACAGAAGUAUUAUCAUUGCCAUUGCCGCCAUAUCAACACUUGGCCAUCUCGCCUGGACCUUGGUUCUCAUUCUCAACUGCCAUCCGGUCAGUAAAUCAUGGACGCCAACAGAAGCAGGACACUGUCUGCCCUUCGGACCUACGAAUUAUGGUAUGGCUGGGUUUUCGAUUGGCUGCGAUAUCACAACCAUCCUUGUUCCCAUUCCGAUGCUUCUGGAUCUUAAAGUUCGGCCAGCGCAGAGAGCGGGUAUCAUUGCUCUUUUCUCGCUUGGACUUUUCACAACAAUCUGUUCUAUUCUGAGAUUGACACAGAUUAGAGUCAUUGCGUAUGGAGAUGGAAAUUCAACAAUGCUCGUGCUUUGGGGAACGAUUGAAUUCAAUGUUGGUAAUAUCAUUACCUCAGUACCAUACCUGGCCCCCCUCUUCAGACGCUGGGUGUCCGACUUCGGAUAUCGUAUCGGAUACGGCAGUCGAUCACAUACUAUCCAUACCACCGAGAACUACAUAAUGAAAAGCUACGGGAAGAAUAGUGUGAAGUCCAGCGUGAACCACGAUCCUACCUCCACAAUAUCCAAACGAGCCGUGAUACGUACUCCAAGUGAAGAGCUUAUCUUAGGCGCUGGCGAUGAACCCGGUCCGCGGGAGAUUAUACGGACAACAGAAUAUAAGGUUGUCGUGGACGAGGAUAAAACGAUAAAAGAUUACAGAAAUUAGAGUUAUUAGCCAAAUGAAUGCUUCCUUUAGUCGUCGGAUAUCCGGAUUAUUUUUGUACAUUAGGGCUAGGAGUUUAGUGUUAUUACUAGUAAAUAUACCAACGGUUGGGACAGACC